AUGGAGGUAUCUGAAGACCGAUCACCCAGCACAUCAUGUUCGCCCCGACUAACGCAUGCGCUGCGCUUACAGGUGCCCCAGGCCCGGGGAUCAGGUCGGUCAGGCCCACGCCGCCGGACCGGCUGCUUGACAUGCAGGGCUCGCAAAGUGCGAUGCGACGAGGCCAAACCAAGCUGCGCCAACUGUGAUCGACUGCGCCUGCGAUGCGUCUACAGACCGCCCAUCGCGCUUGGUUCCUGGGCUUCGUCUCGCCGCUCUGUUGAGUCGACCGCUGCGCAUGCGCAUCGUGUGACACAGACGGCUCCCACGCCUGCCAUGGGCCCUGCUUCGGCGGCUGCUGCAGUCGCGGCUGUGUCGCAGCGCUCGCCGGAUCUUAACUUCUUCGGAACUGUGCUUCGCUCAGACAACCACCAUCGGACAAUCCCCGCACCGACAUCGCCGAUGCGACGAUUGCCCGGCGAUGCAGAGUCAUACCCGUCGGAAUUAGGGGGCCCGUUUGACAUGCUUGGGUUUAUAGGAGGGAUUACAUCGGAGUUGGAGCAAAAACAUCUCGACUUGACAAGUGGCCUGUCAGCGAUCACAGCCAGUCCGUCCGCGCAGUCGUUAUCUGCGGAUAUGGCUGCGAGUGCUACGGACGAUGGGCAGAUUAUUGCUGAAAGACGCACGCCGCUCAGUCCUGAUGGUACGUCAUCGCUAGUGGAUGGAAUGUCGAUUGGCACCGCAUCAGACGCCGCGACUACACGUGGGAGUUGGUCCGAUCCGGGUAGUACCACAUAUGAAGAGCAGUUGCUUCAGCAUUUUCUUGCCAUUGAUCCUCCGGCGGCUAUUUUUGGACCUGUCUUGAUGGAAUGGAAGUAUGUACGGCCUUCCGUGCUGGCUCAUGCGCGGGAUUUUAGUCCCCUUCUGAAUGCGUUGUAUUGCUAUUCAGAUGUUCAUAAAGCUCUGUUAGAAGGAAAGCGCUGGCGCUGGGCACCUACAUACUACCGAGUUGCUAGUUCUGAAAUGCAGGCUUGCUUACUUGGGGAUGUGACCGACUCAACACUGGUCAAGGCCUUUGCGGCUGUGUUUUUCUUAAUGUUAUCCGAGCUCUACUCUUCUCCCGAGUUGUCUUCGCCAGGCACAUCCUAUCUCCAUUCAUCAUACCUUCUUUUACAACGAUUCAACGAUCGCACUCGACAUUGGACGGGUCUUGGACAUCUACUAGUGUCGUGGAUAUCCCUUCUCGACGUCAAAUCAUUGAUUGCAGGCCGUGACGGUGACCCUUUAACUGAACUGGGCAAUUUACCAGGCAAUUUACCAUCAAACCCCCAGCCUUCAGAGACACAUAGCCCUCAAUUGUCACGAACGUCUUCAGCCGAUGAUGAUAGGAGCGAAGAUCCUUUUCGCAGCCCUAGCUAUCUGGUCUACGAGGCGAUCGUGGGUCCGGCUUUCCGCUUUUUCGUGCAGGCACAGCAAAUUGUGCGACGAAUAGUCUGCAUAGAUCUACACCAUCGCAGCCGCGGAACACUCAGGGACGAGUUCGAAGUUCUCCAGAUAGCCCAUAAAGUUGGUGCAGAUCUCGAAGCACUAUGGCACCGACGACCGUCUGUGAUUGAUGUAUAUGAGCAACCGGAAGCUUUGACCGAUACACUCUGUCCCCCCGUGGCCCUCGAAGUAUGCCGCACAUUCAGGCAAUACGUGGUCAACUUUCUCGCAAACUUCAUCUACUUGCAUCGCGUUGCGUUUGCCAUCUACCCUCGCACAGAUCGUGUCAACGGUGCCGUUGAUCAAAUCAUCCAACUAGCUACCGUCGAGUCUGUAGGAGCAGGUACUGGGCAUCUCCCCGUUAGUUUCCUUUGGCCUUUAUUCGUCGCCGGCCUAGAAGGUUCACCAGAGCAACGUCAGUGGAUUGUACAAGAAAUGCAGCGCAUGGCGACUGCUGAAGAUACUGAGCCAUCUGCAAUAAUGACUCGUCACCCAGCCGCAGACAAGGUCAUGUUAUUGCUAGAGGAGAUGGCGCGACGGCAAGAUACCUCGCGUACAUGGGCAGACUCACGGUUUGUGCGGCGAGAGCUCUUCCCUGACUUUUUCAUCAUGAUUUAG